UAAUUAUUCAAAAUUAGAAUAGAAACAGAAUUUUAGCCUCUUCAAUCUUCUAUGAUUUUGUGGUUUCCAAACCAGUCCUGAAUAAUUGAACGUUAACCAGUCGUUGUCGUCUGUUGAUCUGUUGUCUGAGAAUAAUUGUUUGACCCGGUCUCUUCUCUCGGAUGUGCCUUGACUCGUUCCGACGACUACUACUGUUCUACAUUGACGCGAGAUGUCUUGGUUCUUAUAUACUCCAACACGCACAUAGGGCGCUUUCUUGUCUUUGAAACCAAUAAUUGAAGUAAUCUCCAAAGGUUCAGACUUCAGAGGUGCUCUUGGCUUCAAGGGGCGGCUGGGUGAGGGCAGAGCUCUCAACUAAAUGCCCAAAGGAUAUAUCCAGCAAAGGACAGAAUGAAAGUGGUCUCUAUACACCUUGCUGCUGCUGUUGUUGCUGUUCUACUUCUGUUGGCGGCAAAGCGCACCCCUGCUAUUGCGGUUCCUAGCCCUCAAUGCCAAUGGCAAUGCGGCGGCGUUGACAUUGCGUUUCCGUUCGGCAUCGGUGACAACUGCUCGCUAUCAGCAGGAUUCAACCUCAGCUGUCAGGAGGUCCAAAGUGGCGUCUACAGGCCAUUCCAAGGUAAUAUUGAGGUGCUCAACAUCUCCUUGAUAAAUGGCACGGUCCGGGAGCUGAACCCCGUCUCGACAUACUGCUACGACUCCUCCUCUGGUUCCAUGGAGUCCAGUACCUGGUAUUUCGACGCGAGCGGAACCCCGUACCGGUUUUCGGACGUCCAGAACAAGUUCACCGUCAUAGGGUGCCAGACCCUCGCCUACAUCACGGACAACACCGACAAGAGCUACCAGAGUGGGUGCGUCUCGACGUGCCAGAAUGUGUCAGACCUAACGGACGGAUCCUGCUCCGGCAUGGGAUGCUGCCAGACAAACAUACCCAAGAAGAUGGGCUUCUACAACGUGAGCUUCGACCCUGCCUCCGACACAAGCCAAAUCUCACGGCUGGGCCUCGGCAGCUGCAGCUAUGCCGUGCUGAUGGAGGCGGAGGAGUUCAGCUUCAGCACCACGUACAUCACCAACACGACAGCUUUCAACGACACCAACAGUGGGAGGGUGCCGGUGGUGAUGGACUGGGCGAUAAGAGAUGAUGGCGCGCCGUCGUGUGAGCUCGCCACAAGGAACGAGACGGGCACUUACGCGUGCCGCAGCGGCAACAGCAAGUGUGUGGAAUCCCCCAAUGGGCCAGGGUAUCUGUGCAACUGCUCCGGUGGGUACGAAGGCAACCCAUAUCUUCCAGAUGGAUGCCAUGAUGUCGACGAGUGCAAGAAGAACAGUCCAUGCCCUUCAGUAGGAGGUGUAUGCCACAACACGGUCGGAGCGUACAGGUGUUCUUGUCGAGCAGGAAGAAGGCUUAACAAGCAAAACAAUACGUGUGACCCUGAUACCACAUUAAUAACAGGGGUUACAAUCGGCUUCCUUGUUCUCGUAAUCUUCUCCUCCUUCGGAUACAUGAUCCUCCAGAAGAGAAAACUGAACCAGGUUAAGCAAGAUCAUUUUCGGCAGCACGGAGGCAUGAUUUUGUUCGAGAGGAUGAGAUCAGAAAAUGGCCUUGCUUUCACGGUGUUCAGUGAAGCUGAGCUUGUAAAAGCUACAGACAGCUACGACAAGAGCAGAAUAAUUGGGAAGGGAGGCCAUGGGACAGUCUACAAAGGGAUAGUCAAGGGCAACGUGCCGAUCGCGAUUAAGCGAUGUGCGCUUAUUGACGACAGGCAGAAGAAAGAGUUUGGUCAGGAGAUGCUGAUACUCUCCCAGAUCAACCACAAGAACAUCGUCAAGCUCGAGGGCUGUUGCCUCGAGGUGGAAGUUCCAAUGCUGGUCUACGAGUUCGUUCCAAAUGGCACCCUCUACGAACUCAUCCAUGGCAAGAACCAAGCGCUACAGAUCCCCUUCAGCACCCUACUGAGGAUCGCCCAUGAGGCAGCAGAGGGCCUCAGUUUUCUGCACUCGUACGCGUCUCCUCCGAUCAUCCAUGGCGACGUGAAGAGCGCCAACAUCCUUCUUGAUGGCAACUACAUGGCCAAAGUGUCAGAUUUUGGGGCCUCCAUACUAGCGCCGUCCGACAAAGAGCAGUAUGUCACGAUGGUUCAAGGUACCUGUGGAUACCUCGACCCUGAAUACAUGCAGACAUGCCAACUGACUGAGAAGAGUGACGUCUACAGCUUCGGCGUCAUCCUUCUUGAGGUCCUCACCGGCCAAGAGCCUCUCAAGUUGGAUGGGCCUGAGACGCAGAGAAGCUUGUCAUCGAAGUUCCUGUCCGCUAUGAAGGAGAACAAUCUUGAUGUGAUCUUGCCGAGCCACGUGAAUGGUGGACAAGGGAGCAAUGAACUGAUCAGAGGGCUCGCAGAGCUAGCCAAGCAGUGCCUGGACAUGUGUGGCUGCAACAGACCAUCCAUGAAGGAGGUUGCCGAUGAGCUUGGUAGAUUGAGGAAGCUUUCGCUGCAUCCUUGGGUACAGAUCGAUGCAGAGAUGAUAGAGUCUCAAAGCCUUCUUAGUGGGACAACGACUGCUAGCUUUGAAAUAGAAGUUGGUACAACUGGGUAUCCUACACAGGAAGCUGAGAACCUGCCCAUGAACCCAAGAAGUUCGUACUAUGCGAGGUAGGUGAUUAGCGUAUGUUGUUGUGUACUCCGUUGAAAUUUCUACUGCUAGGAUAACAGCAAGCUAGCAGUUCUGUUAUCAAAGAUAUACUGCAUAUUGACACAAAUCUCUGCCUAUCUUUAGCCAUUCAAAAGUAUGUAUAUGUGUUUCUGCGCAGCACGUCUGCAACAUAUAUAAUCCGGUUUUUUA